AUGGCAGUCUCUUUGGCUGUGAGGGCUGGGGCCCAUCCCAUGACCAUCGAAAUGACCCCAAAGCGCGACCAGCAGGCAGAGUCCACGAAUGGACAAACGGAGAGCUGGUGGAGGCGGCGGGCUCCGGAGCGCUGCGACCGGAGCUGUGCACAUCUCAGGCGAUGGCUACUGCGGGUCCUCGGCAUCAUAGCUGCGGAGUUCUGGCAGCACCGGCGGGUGUUUCCGCUGGCGCUGGCGCAGAUGAUGCUGGUUGCGGACCAGCCGCUGCUGCCUACCAACAUGUCUGCUGUGGCCGAGGAGUUCGGUUUCGACGCAGCUGAGAGGGACGAGAAGCUCGGAGGAGUCGUCAGCGUAGUCUUCUUCACCUUUGGAGCCCUCUUCUCGCUGCUGGUCGGGCAUCUCGCAGACCGCAUGCGCCGGACGACCCUGGUUUGCCUGUGCAUGCUGCUAGGUUCCAGCGGCACCUUCGCGAACUCGCAGGUCCAGGGCUUUCGGGCCUUGCUCUGCUGCCGGGCUGCGGUGGGUGCCGCCACAGGCGGUCUGAUCCCUGCCAGCUUCGCUUUGAUCGGGGACAUGUACUCGGCGGAAGAGCGGCCGCACGCCAUUGGCAUGGUCUCCAUCAUCUCCGGUCUGGGCCUCUCUGUCGGACAAGCACUCGCUGGCUUUGAAGGCACUGCCUUGGGCUGGCGGGCGCCCUUUGCACUGGUGGGGGUUCUUGGCUGGGCCGUUACAGCCCUCCUCAGCUUCACGUUUGAGAUACGGCCCUGCCCUUGCGCGGGGCGCUUCAGGCAAUUCAGGCAAUCUGCAACGGCCUCUGAGUCUGAGCCAUCACCACAGCCGUCUGCGCUGCUCGCUUCGACAAGGGACUCCUCUGCGGCAGCUUCCGGCCCGGGCGGCCCGGGCCCACGGCCUUCGUCGGCUCGCACCGACCUCUCGAAGCCGACGGUGCUCUGUAUCUGCCUGCAAGGCAUCACGGGCUGCGUGCCGUGGGCCGUCAUUGGUACUUUCAUGACAGACUAUCUGGCGACCAAUGUCCACAUGGGCGUCCCGAGUGCGACGGCUGUGCUUUUCAGCUUUGGGGUGGGCUGCACCACAGGCACAAUCACUGGGGGGAAGCUAGGCCAAUACCUCUACAAGAAGGACAAGCGGCUGCAGGGCUGGCUCAUGGGGGUGACGGUUUGGGGUGGCAUGCUCCCCAUGUUCUGUCUCUUUGCUCUGGGUGAGGCCCACCCGGUGAUUUUCCACCUCUUGGCUCUGUCCGGCGGCUUUCUGUCCUCCAUCCCUCCGGUGAACGCCAAGGCGGUGCUGCUGAAUGUAGUGGCAACCCACUCUCGGGGCACCGUGUUCGGAGUUUACACCAUCAUGGACGACCUCGGCAAGGGACUCGGGCCUGCUCUGGUUUCCAGCUUCGUGCGGGGCAUGGGGCGCCAGGACUCGUUCCUGCUGGGAAUGACCUUCUGGCUGCCUUGUGGCCUCUUCUGUGCUCUUACGGCCUGUACUGUGCCGCGUGACGACCUGUCGGACAAGCCGGAGGAAGUCUCUGCGACGGCUAGCUGA